AUGGUUGAAUCUACUUCUCAAACACCACCAGAGAGUCCUCAAGAUCAGACUUCUCAACAUCAACCUUCGUCUGCAACUCCAAUUAUUCCUGCCUCAGGAAGCUCCAGAAUUUCAGACCCAUAUGUCAUCCAUCCCAGUGAUAACCCUGCCACUGUUUUAUUCUCUCCAUUGUUACAGGGUGACAAUUAUGGAUCCUGGGUGCGUGGAAUCACCAAGGCCCUCAACGCAAAAGGGAAACUUGGAUUUGUAGAUGGCACUCUUCCUCCUCCUACUGAUGCUCUUACCUAUCAGUGUUGGAAGCGCUGUGAUGAUCUGGUGGGCAGUUGGCUUCUCAACUCAUGCCAACCUGAUAUCCGGGCAAGCUGCCUGUAUGCUCCUUCUUCUCAUGCAAUAUGGAAGGAUCUGCAGGUGAGGUUUUGUAUCUCUAACGCACCUAUUUUGUUUUGUCUGAAAUCUGCCAUAGCUGCUAUACGGCAAGAGUCAAUGUCUGUGUCCUUAUAUUACACAAAGAUCAAAACACUGUGGGAUCAAUAUGACUCCCUUGUUGCUGUUACUGAAGUGUGUAUUUGUGGUGCUGGGAAACACCUGUUUGAACGCCUAGAGCGUGACAGAGCCAUGGAGUUUCUUCAGGGAUUACAUGAUCGUUUCUCUAAUCUCAGAAGUCAGAUCUUAUUGAUGGACCCUUUUCCAACUGCUCUGCGCAUCUUCAACAUGGUGCAGCAAGAAGAGGAACAACAACACAUCACCUCUAGCCCUCUUCCCAACAUCGAGUCUGCUGCUUUGAACACCAACCGUUAUGCUGCAUCUUCAUCUGGUUCUCGUCCUUCUGCUAGCCAUAACAAAAGGCCUCGACCUCAUUGUGAUUAUUGUAAUCGUCAUGGCCAUGUUCGUGAUAAAUGCUACCGAUUACAUGGUUUUCCUAACUCUUCUCUGUCACAGCCAGUUGCUGCCAAUACUACUGCUACCAAUUUGGAAUCUCAACUUACUCCUUCACCUGCUGCUCAGCUGAUCAGUAUUCUCGACUGUUGGCUCUUAUCACUCCUCCGUCUGAAGACACUCAAAUGGAAUCCAGGGUGA